AUGAAAGCCCUUGGUAGCAGCGAGCCUUUGAACAGCAGCGGUGACACUGCUGAAGAGCUGGGUGUGGCGGCAGGUGUUGGCAGUUUGUGCCUUCCCGGCGUGGUUCAGAGCCCAGCAGCUGACCAGUGUUUGUGCAUCCUGCUCCCAGGGCCGUACUGGGCCGGGCUUGCUGCUGGUGGCCUUGCUGUCUUUGGCAUCACUGUGGGGUUAGUUAACAAGCAUAAGCCAUGGAUUGAAACAACCUAUCACGGUAUAAUUACGGAAAAUGACAACACGGUGCUCUUGGACCCCCCUUUGAUAGCCCUGGACAAAGAUGCGCCUGUGCGUUUUGCAGGUGAGAUUUGUGGAUUUAAAAUUCACGGGCAAAAUGUUCCCUUUGAAGCAGUGGUAGUGGAUAAAUCCACUGGUGAGGGCAUAAUACGCUCUAAAGAAAAGCUUGACUGUGAGCUACAGAAGGACUACACAUUCACCAUACAGGCCUAUGACUGUGGAAAGGGACCAGAUGGAGCAAACGCAAAGAAAUCCCACAAAGCAACAGUACAUAUUCAGGUGAAUGAUGUUAAUGAGUAUGCUCCUGUGUUCAAAGAGAAGUCAUACAAGGCCACAGUUAUUGAAGGGAAGAGGUAUGACAACAUCCUGAAAGUGGAAGCCGUGGAUGCAGAUUGUUCACCUCAGUUCAGCCAGAUUUGCAAUUAUGAAAUUGUAACUCCGGAUGUACCUUUUGCUGUUGACAAAGAUGGUUAUAUAAAAAACACAGAGAAGUUAAACUAUGGUAAAGAACAUCAAUAUAAACUGACAGUAACAGCGUAUGACUGUGGGAAGAAGAGAGCUGCUGAGGAUGUGUUGGUUAAAAUUAGCAUUAAGCCUACAUGCAAGCCUGGCUGGCAAGGUUGGAGCAAAAGAAUAGAAUAUGAGCCCGGUACUGGUUCGUUAGCUCUUUUCCCUGGUAUGCAUUUGGAGACAUGUGAUGAGCCAAUAACCUCAAUUCAAGCAACAGUUGAACUAGAAACCAACCAUAUUGGUAAAGGCUGUGAUAGAGACACCUACUCUGAGAAAUCCAUUCACAGACUCUGUGGUGCUUCUUCUGGCACAGCUGAGCUACUUCCUCCUCCAAGUAGUGCUGCUAACUGGACAAUAGGACUUCCUACUGAUAAUGGUCAUGACAGUGACCAAGUCUUUGAAUUUAAUGGCACACAAGCCGUGAAGAUUCCAGAUGGUGUUGUCACAGUCAAUCUAAAAGAGCCCUUCAUGAUUUCAGUAUGGAUGAGACAUGCGCCUGGAACCAAAGAGAAAGAGACUAUUCUGUGCAAUUCAGACAAGACAGAUAUGAACCGGCACCACUACACGCUCUAUGUACACAACUGCCGACUUGUUUUCCUUUUCCGCCAAGAUCCUUCAGAGGCAAAAACAUACAGACCCGCUGAAUUUCACUGGAAACUAAAUCAAGUGUGUGACAAAGAGUGGCAUCAUUAUGUCCUCAAUGUUGAAUUUCCUGCGGUAACUCUCUAUGUAGACGGUGUUUCAUAUGAUCCUUUCCCAGUGACUGAAGAUUACCCACUUCAUCCUUCAAAGAUAGAAACACAGCUAGUCGUUGGAGCGUGUUGGCAAGGUGGUGAACUCCACAUGGCUCAGUUUUUCCGAGGCAAUCUGGCAGGUUUGAUGAUUCGUUCUGGUAAACUGGAAAACAAGAAGGUGAUAGAUUGCCUGUAUACUUGCAAAGAGGGACUGGAUUUGCAAAUGGCUGAUGGUGUUGGCAAAGGCGUGAAGAUCCACAUGAACCCAAGUCAGUCAACGCUGACCUUAGAAGGGGAUGACAUUGACAGAGUUGAUAAGGCCAUGCAACACAUUUCCUAUCUGAAUUCCCGCCAGUUCCCAACACCUGGGAUUCGGAGGCUUAAAAUCACCAGUGUUGUGAAGUGUUUCAAUGAAGAGGCCUGCGUCUCCAUUCCUUCUGUAGAGGGAUACAUAAUGGUCUUGCAACCAGAGGAACCAAAAAUCAGCCUUAGUGGCAUCAACCAUUUUGCCCGCUCUGCUUCAGAGUUUGAGAGUUCUGAGGGUGUUUCCCUCUUUCCUGAGCUUCGUAUAAUAAGCACCAUUACACGGGAGGUGGAGCCGGAGGGAGAUGGAGAUGAAGAUCCUACAGUACAAGAGUCUUUGGUAUCUGAAGAGAUCAUGCAUAACCUGGAUACGUGUGAGGUGACAGUGCUAGGAGAGGAACUAAAUCAGGAACAAGAAAGCCUGGAGAUUGACAUGACACGAUUACAGCAGAAAGGCAUUGAGAUGAGCAGUUCCAACCUGGGCAUGAUAAUCACAGGGGUCGAUACUAUGGCUAGUUAUGAGGAAGUUUUGCAUUUGAUACGCUACAGAAACUGGCACACCGUGUCUCUCUUUGACAGAAAGUUCAAAUUGGUCUGUUCUGAGCUUAAUGGACGCUAUGUCAGCAAUGAGUUUAAAGUGGAGGUGAAUGUUAUCCACACAGCUAACCCAGUUGAACAUGCUAAUCACAUAGCUGCACAACCACAGUUUGUUCAUCCAGUGCAUCAUACGUUUGUUGAUCUCUCUGGUCACAACUUAGCUAACCCUCAUCCAUUUUCAGUUGUUCCUAGCACAGCCACUGUUGUGAUCGUAGUUUGUGUCAGUUUCCUGGUUUUUAUGAUUAUUCUGGGAGUGUUCCGAAUCCGAGCUGCACAUCAGAGAACAAUGCGUGACCAGGAUACUGGAAAGGAAAACGAGAUGGACUGGGAUGACUCUGCUUUGACCAUCACUGUGAACCCCAUGGAGACUUAUGAGGAUCAACACAGCAGUGAAGAGGAAGAGGAGGAAGAGGAAGAAGAAAGUGAAGAUGGAGAAGAAGAUGAUAUCACUAGUGCAGAGUCUGAAAGCAGUGAGGAGGAAGAGGGAGAGCAGGAGGAGGACCAACAGAAUGUUAAUAGACAGCAACAACUGGAAUGGGAUGAUUCUACCCUCAGUUAUUGAUUCCAGGAUUCCAGCUGUUCCCUUUGUCUUUAUGUUUCUGCUCUAGAAGACUCCGCUGUUACGCCCCAU